AUGGAUGUUAUAUUAGGCUUUCAAGAGGUUGAUGAAAUCGUAAUGAAAGGGUUUAAAGAACCUACAAAAGGAGACACAGAAGAAUCAAAGAAAGCCUACAAAGAGAACAAGAAACCGGAUUGCAAGUCACUACAGAGACAAUAUGAGCUCUUGAGCAUGGGGGAGCAAAAAACCAUUGAGGAAUAUGUUGGCAGAAUUCAGGUGGUUGUCAAUGCAAUGCGGGUGUGUGAUAAAGUGGUAAAAGAUAGAAAGAUUGUCGAAAAGAUUCUGAGAACAUUAACGCCCCAAUACGAUCAUAUUGCCAUGGCAAUUGAAGAAAGCAAAGAUUUGGAAAAGAUGAGGGUUGAAGAGCUUCAAAAUUCACUUGAAGCUCAUGAACAACGUUUAAUAGAGAGAAGAACAGCGGAGAAAAAUGUGUUACAAAGCACAAAUCAAGCAUUACAAGCUAGAAGCGGUCAAACAUACAAGAAUCACGGAACUGACAGAGGUAGAGAAAAAUCGCGUGGAGGUCGUGGUGGUAGAAAUGGUGGCAAAUUCACUAAUAUCGUUGAAUAG